AUGAGGAAGGGAGCUCAGAGGGACGAAAGAGGGAGGGAGGGUGAGAGAAAGCGGGCGUGUCCACUCCCCCUCACCGUGCUCCCGGGGAUUAGCUAUUUAAAGUUCAGUCGCUCCGCGCCACAGAAACCUUUCCGUGCCGCCAAUAAGGACGCAGCAGGAGUUACGUAUCUGGACGUGCAGUACCGGGACACACACACACUGAUCCACAUUUUAAUGAGCGGAGGAAACGCGGAUGAAGUGAGAACAGUCGUGUUGCAGUUGGGAAGUUAUCAAGAGCAGGACUGUCAAUUUUCCACUGCCCGUCUGCGAGGGUGCUCCACCAGACACGUCUCGGUCAUGGGUGUGAAGAUGCUGCAGUGUUUCCCUUUCUACAGACGCUGUAAAGAGCGCUGCAAGAGCAGGCAGUGCCCCCCAGCCACAGUUCCCAUAGAGGAGAUGAACCCCCGUCUGUCCUCUACGACAUCCUGGGGCAGUGACAGUGAAGGAGCAGGGAGUCUCAGUCGGGGCUCCCAAAUCUACUUCUCCACAAAGGCCAGGCUGUCUUUCAGACACCAGCUGGACAGCAACAUCAACGCAGUGGACGCCACCUACUGAGGAGGACUCGUGGCUGCAGAGGAGAUAAAAGGACUCCAGUAUUUAAGCUUUCCGUUGCCCACUCAUGCUCGAAGCCUGUGGUGCAGACCUGGGAGCCUGAUAACUGAGCAAAUGCAUCUGUCGUGACCUUUAGAUGUGAUCAACAGUAGCUGUGAACAGGCCACAACUCAAAUUUAAAUCCUCGGUCCUUGCUGCCAACAAAGAACUUUCAGUGAUUAAUCAGAUUCGAGGGACAGGGACAAACAGAGUGGAACUGACUUGGAGUCCAGUCUCAGUGCAUCAAGUCAACAUGGCGUGAAUCCACUGCCCACAUGGACAUAACACUGACAAAAGAGAAGACAACCCUUGUUUACAGCAUUCACUACCGACAAGUGCAUUAUAUUUUUGUUUUUCUUUUUUUCUGGAAGUGGGAAGGGGGGGGGGGCAUUAUGGUCCAUAGGGGCAUGUGAUAAAGCAAGAUGAGGCAGUUACAGUUCAAAGUAAGAUGAUGAAUAUCUCUAUUUAAAUCUUAUCUUUAGCAGUAAUCAUCCUGAGUGUUGACAUUUUUUCUAACCAGGACUGGGUUAACUUUCUAAUCCUGCUCUGAGACAAAGGCCUGCACAGUAACAGUGAAAUACUGCAAAACAGAAAGGAAUUUAACCCUAAUUCUACCACAAAUGCAUAAGAGUCAUGUUGACAUUUUGUAUUGUAUUUGCAGGUUUGAGGAAGUUCAGCAGCUGCCUCUAGUUACUUCUUCUUUUUGGAAAAAGCAUAAAGUAAACUGAGCUGCAAGGCAAUUACAUUUCUAUGAGGUAUUUUGUGAGUCACACUUGGCUUCUUCUUGUUUAUAUUUUUAUAAUUAAAAACACUCCUGCUUGUAUUUGA